CCCUUAUUUGAUAUCAGAGAGCCCAAUGGAGCCUUCUGAAGAACCUAGUCAGAUCAGCAAAGAUAAAUUUUUAGAAGUUCCUAAUUUAUCUAAUUCUCUUUCUGAAAAUGAAGAAGUUAAAGCUACCUUCAAACCUGGUUUUUUCCCUCAGCCUAAUAGAAGAGGUUCUGAUACUUUCGAAGAUAUGUACCUGGAUACUCCAUCAUCAGGUACAAGAAGAGUUUCUUUUGCUGACACCUUUGGAUUCAAUCUUGUGUCUGUCAAAGAAUUUGAUACCUGGGAAUUACCAAGUGUUUCAACCAAUUUUGACUUAAGGAAGGACAUUUUCAACACAGAAGAAUACGUUUUAUCUCCACUCUUUGACUUGCCUUCUUCAAAAGAAGAUCUUAUGCAACAACUUCAAGUACAGAAAGCGAUAUUGGAGGCAACUGAAUACUUUCCUGGGUCUACAAGUAUGAAGGGCAUUAUUCGAGUUUUAAAUAUUUCUUUUGAGAAGUUAGUAUAUGUGAGAAUGUCCUUAGAUGACUGGCAGACACAUUAUGACAUUUUAGCAGAAUAUGUUCCAAAUUCAUGUGAUGGUGAAACUGACCAGUUCUCCUUUAAUAUUACAUUAAUUCCUCCUUAUCAAAAAGAUGGAAAUAAAGUUGAAUUUUGUAUACGUUAUGAAACUUCUGUUGGUACAUUUUGGUCAAAUAAUAAAGGCACAAAUUAUGUAUUGGUUUGUCAAAAGAAGGAUCAAGAGCCGAAGCCUAUAAAACCACUGGAAGGAGUUCCUAAUAGACAAAUAAAAGGCUGCUUAAAGGUAAAAUCAAGUAAAGAAGAAAGAUCAGUAACAACAGAUGACAAUAAUUUUGAGAAUGCAAAGAUUACAGAUACCCAUAUCCCAACCAUUGUUUGUUCCUAUGAAGACAAUGAGGACUUGGAAACCAGUAAUCAAAAUGUAAAAGAUGCAAACAGUGAACAUGAUGAAAAUAAUGAAAAAGAAUUAGAGUUGAUGAUAAAUCAACGCUUAAUAAGAACUAGAAGUUCAGUUUCCGGAGAUGAAAUUAAUGCAUUUUCAAUAGAUCCACUCAAUUUUUCAAAUAAAGCUGAGGGACUAAAGAAGAAGCAAGUCCAUGGUGAAGUAUGCACUGACUUGUCUAAAAGGCCUUUGUCUCCAAGUUCAUCAGCAGAAAGCUCCUUAAAGGAAAAUUUUUACUACAAUGAAAAAUAUUCCUCAGUAAAUGAAUAUAGUCAUCAACCUUCCGAGGAAAUUACUUCAGAUACAGUAGAAAUCAAGCCAUCACUGAGCAAUACUAACAGUGAUGAAUUAGUGCAAUUAUAUGGUGGUACCAAAGAAGUACUGGAUGAUAAUGCUAAUCCAGCCCAAGGGAGAGGCAGAGUGCAAAUAUCUUGUCCCUCCUCAGCCCAACCAAUGGCAGACAACCUUCAAGAACAUGAAGGAGGAGCUAAUGAAAUGGAAAUAAAAGAUUGGGAAUGUUUAAGAAGAGAUAUCCAUUCAAAAGAAUCAAUAGAAAAGGGAUCUGUCAAGAAAGAGUACAGCAAUGGUAAGGAUGAGGAGGAGCAAAGAAUACAUUUAGGUGUUAAUGAAAAACAAAAGAAAAAUUUUCGAUCAAUUUUUCAAGCCCAAGAAAGAGAGACGGGUCACUAUGAAGUAAGUGUGCAAGGGACUGGAACCAGAAACAGAGACCUAAUGGCUCCACCAAGUAGAGAUACCACAAUUCCCACCAAGGCAAUCACAGCAGAGACCUUUCCUUCACAAAGGAUAAGUCUAACUGGGGACAAAGUUUUGUUAACAACCCCAAAGCAUGAUCUUUUGACCAGUGAAGACACCACUUUAGGAGAGACGCCUGGUCAAGUUUGUUCACCAAGAAAUGGAAAUACUUUGAGGAAUGACUAUAUCUUUCAAGUCGAAAAAGAAAAAUCAGAUUGGAACAAUCCUGAAGAUCAGAAUAAGAGUACACAGCAUGAACAAAUUUGGAAUGUUCUGGAAAGUCAGGGAAAAAUAAGGGAGAGUAAAACAAAUGUAACAGAACAGAUCUAUGAACAAGCAGAUUGUAAGAAGACAUGGGAAAAAGAUAACACAGAGAAUUUGAAAGCUACUCCUGCAGAGGAGUUGUUUACCUGCCAAGAAACAGUGAGCUGUGAACUGUCUUCUCUAGCUGAUCAUGGUAUUACCGAGAAAGCAGAAGCAGGUACGGCUUAUAUAAUUAAGACAACAUCAGAAAGUACUCUAGAAAGCAUGUCUGCUAGAGAAAAAGCAAUAAUUGCUAAGCUACCUCAAGAGACAGCACGAAAUGACAGGCCCAUCAAGGUAAAGGAAACAGCGUUUGAUCCACAUGAAGGGAGAAAUGAUGAUUCACAUUAUACCCUUUGUCAACGAGAUACAGUGGGUGUAAUCUAUGACAAUGAUUUUGAAAAGGAAUCACGUUUAGGUAUUUGUAAUAUACAUGUAGAUGAAAUGGAAAAGGAAGAAGCCAUAUCUAUGUACAGUCCUGGGAAGACACAUGACAGGAAGAAACGUGGCACUGGAAAUACAACAUCUGCAGAAGAAUCCUUACAGGUCAUUAUAGACAAUCAAAAAACAGCCUCAAAAAAGGAUUUACAUUUUGGAAUGUUACCAACAGACAAAAAAAUGUUUCCAGAACAUAGAAAUCAUGGGCAAGCCCAAGAAUUAUCAAAGAAAAUGGAUACAGAUACCAUUAUUCAUUCUGCUUUUAUCUCAGAUAGUAAUGGGGCUUCUCCAAAUGACUCUCACGUUUCCAAUCACCAUGAUAAAACUUCAAUGCCAACUUAUGAACAGGCGAUUGCUGUAGAAAAUACAAUUACAACCAUGACUCUCCAAUCUAUUUCUAGUAAAUCAGAACAUAAUUGUGAUCCAACAAAUGAAAUGCAGGAUAUUGAGAAGCAUCAUCAUCCUGGACCUAAGCCACAGGAAGUUUCCAAAAGUUCAGGAAUCAUGACAUCAGGUAGUAGAAGAGCCAGAUCUAUAGGCCAGAAAUUCCACAAAGAAUUCAGUGUGGAAAAAUCUCUAGGGCCAAUGAUUUUAGUCAAUGAAGCAUUUGAGAACAUGGAAGAGGCAGGGCAUGAAAAUGAAGGAUUAAUAACCUCUGGACAAUCAAUGUGCUCUUCAGGUGACAAGGAAUCUGAGAGUUUGCCUUCUGCUAGUUUCUCUGCCCAGGAAAGUCAAGCUGAAAGUAGUGAGUCUCUGCUUUCAAAAUACAUCCACUCUAAAUUAUCUUAUUUCCUUUUGUUUCUGAUAUUUCUUGUAACCAUCUAUUACUAUGACUUGAUGAUUGGUUUAGCAUUCUACCUUUUGUCAUUGUACUGGCUAUCCUGGGAAGGUGGAAGACAAAAAGAGUCUGUCAAAAAGAAGUAA